UGGAAAAAAAAAUCAUUCUGCCUCGAGUAUAUUUCCCCGUCCCCUCACCGUCGACGGCCGUCUCGACUCUCGUCGCCUCCUCCCGAGUUCGCCCGCCGCCGCGGCGAUCUCCCUCGAGCAGGGGCCGCCGUUGUCCUGCCGUCCCCACUGCCUGCGCCGAUCUCCCGCGAGCGGGGGCGCUGUCGUCCUGUUGUUUCCGCCGCCGCUGCAUCGUCGCCAGACAGAUGAGUGAACUAAUCGACUGACCCUUUCCAAUGAAACAUUACAAACCUUGUAUUACUACAGUGUGAGAUUUUACAAGGCUGAAGCUCUAUGGCAUAAUGCUAUAUUUUGUGUUGCAGUAUGCUGUUAUCGACUGUACAGUUCACCAAAAUGUGGUCAAGUCCUGAAAUUCCACUGAUACCAAGAAACUCCAGUAUAAAUAGCCCACGUUAUAGCAGCAAUUAUCUGCAUACCAACCUUGCUAGAGGACAUCAUACUUGACACCUUUGAGUUUGCUGAAGGGAGUGUUGGUUAUACUUCGAGACUUAAUAUAUGGGAUUGCAGAUGUUUGAAAGCAAUACAAGCAUUGCUGUACAUGAGGAAUUAGGGAAAGAAGGGUUACUAACUGGAUGUUGCUAGGCGGUCACGGAUGAGUAGAUUCAGCACCUAUUUGUCAGAAGAGGCAGUAACCAGUCUACCUGGGGUCUGGUACGAGGAUGGGGUCAGCAUUCGAGCAAUCCAGGCAGUGGCAUGCAUGACCAUUAGAGAUAAUAGUGUGCCUCCCUGAGCCUAGAUAUAGCAAAUUUUGGUCCUGGAUAGUCAAUUGGAACUGGUUACUGCCUUCUGGAGCAACUGCUUGAUUGUUGUGUUGUUUAUUAGUCAGAUUCCAUGUCAUGCUACUGCAACAUUAGUCAUGUAUUCAUCAUUGUUUGAGAGUCUGGAAAGGAAAAGGUGAUGAUAAAGCAUAAUAGUUAACCAAAUUUGCUGUACCUCCUCUUAAUAAAAGGAAAUAAGUUUGGCAUUUCAUCACAAAGAACUAUGGUUUGGACACAUCAGGUUGUCAGUCCUGAAAACCAAGUUCAACCUGAAAGUUUCUAUAACGGAGUUGCUGGGAGCAACUUAUCUAGCCUGGGUGUACAAGUUAAUGUUGGAGUUCCAGGGAGUACUGAUUUCCGGAGUCACUAUGAGAGCAUUAAUCUUCUGCACCAGCAUGUUCAGAAUUCAUACCCACAUGUAGGUGUUGCUUCAAGUUCCGUGUUCCCAUCUACUAUGUACAAUCCCUGCAUAUCAACAACAGCUGUGAGCAGAUAUGUUCCUCCUAUUCAAUGUUUUGGAUUGGGCAAUCCACAACUAUUGCCUUUAUAUCAUCUAGUUUCUCAAGGAUCCAUGGAUGAGAGUGGCAGCAGUGGCAGUUUUAGUGACAGAGUCAGAGAAUUUAUCAAGAGGAAGAAUGCAUUACUUGCGGGUGGCCAUCAUUUUGUUAGUAGUUUUGCAAGCUCAAGUUCAUCUGCUAAUGUGCCUCAAAAUCCUUCACAUAGGUCAUGGAACACAUCAUUUGAAUCAAAUAUUCUACCCAGCACUGGAGUUUCCAAUCCACCAGGCUACUCUUCUGCAGAUGGACUGAAGAGGUCCAACUAUGUAUUUCCAGCUGGUCACAUGAGCCAAUCGUGGAUUGUACAGGCUGCAAAUAGAACUGGUGGAGUACCACAGUGGGAACGUGGCAAUGCAGUGGCUAAUCCUCCAGGUGGAUUUGUUCAUUCUGGAACUGUAGACAUGCCAAAUGGAGGUCUUCAGGGGUACCAAGCUGGCCAUUCUGCCAUUUUUUAUGGGCCUCUUCCCCAUUUCCACCGAAACCCUAUGCAUAUCAUGCAAGAUCCUGCUCUAUUUAAUAUCCAAAUGCAAAUACCUCCUCAACAUUGCCUCAGUAACAAUUUAUUACAUCAUACAAACCCUUCUGGCAAUGGCCUCCCCUUGGAUCCAAGAUUUAUGGCAAUUUCAUCCAAUUCUGUGCCCACCUUUGGGCCUACAGCUCAGCCGGCCAUAGCAAACCAAGUUAACACUGGGAGCUUGAGAAUUCAGCCAUAUGAGGUUGCUCCUCUCGUGGAUCUUUCGAGAUUGUAUGAAGCAGGAGUGGAUGAACAUAGAGAUAUGCGGCUAGAUGUAGACAGCAUGAGUUAUGAGGAGCUUGUAGCGUUGGAGGAGCGGAUUGGAAAUGUUAAUACUGGUUUUACAGAAAGCUACAUUAAAGAAAAUUUGAAGACAAGUUCUUAUGUCCCAAACACAUCUUGCAUGCCUGAUCAGUCUUAUGUGGAGAACGAUGCUUGCAUAAUAUGCCAGGAGGAGUAUGAGGCUGAAGAACUUAUUGGAACCCUUGGCUGUGGUCACAAGUAUCAUGUGACGUGCAUAAAAGAGUGGCUGAUGGUGAAGAACCUGUGCCCCAUCUGCAAAACAACAGCUUUGCCAGCAGAUGGAAGAAGCAGGUGAUGGAUGCCAAUAAUAUUUAUCGGUGAUUUGCCGCAACAAACAUUCAGUUCAGUUUUGUAUAUAAGACAUGCUGGAUAAUGGUUCUGCCUGUAUUUGCUUUGUUGUGAGAACAUUACCUAAAACUGUACAGUGAGUCGCUCAUCUUGUAGAUUUAUUUUAGACAUUAAUGUUUCAUGAUGCGCGAAGUCAUCAUCAUGGCAUAUCUGUUAGAUCGCUCAAUUUCUCUUGCUAUUGUACAUUAUAUUUAUCUUUAUUCUUUGCCCCCCAAAAAGAGAGCUUGUAGUUCUUCUGUACAUUGUGAAAUUCAAAGAACUAAAGGAGUUUCU